AUGGCUCCUCAAGCCACUUCCAUCUCUCUGCUGAGAGCAGCAUCCUUCCGCAUCUCGAAUGCUUCCAAAGCUGAGCUUCCUCAGGUCGCUGCUCUGACUGCUCAGUCUCUACUUUCUUGCCGGGACAUCUUUACACAACCCGAUCUGGCCAAUCAGAAGGACUCUGACGCUGCUCUUGCUCUUCACAGAUUCAACACUCAGAUCACUUCAUUACUCGGAGACCGUCAUGUUGAAGGUCGUUGGGCUGCUGUUGUUCUGAUCAAAGCUACCAUCGAGGCUGGUGGCUGGGAAACUCUCAAANAGUCCAUUGCUUGGGUGCGUGGUCUUUUGAUUCUGCUCAAGAAGCCUGACCCUCCUCUUCUGAGAUGCCUGACCAUUGUGACCCUGACCCGCAUCUUCAUGCUUACGUGGGAGUUUCCCACUCUGAUUAGAGAGAUCACCACCCCUUCCCUGCCGACUUUUGUAUCAACCUGUUUGAACAACCUCGCUUCACGUCAACCUACACCUCAGGAGAUCAAGGCUACUCUGGAAUGCUUCGCCCAACUUCUGCCCCGCCACCCUACUAUUUUCCGUCAACACCAAGAUGCCGUCACAAAGCUCUUGACUGUUGUCUUCGAAAAUAAGGCUUCGGGUCACCACAUUAUGGAUCUUGCUUCUCGUAUCUCUGUCUUGCUCCAUCAGUGCGAGCCCAAGAACGGUGCGAGCGACAAGUGGGAAGCUACUCUUGUCGCUACUUUACACAGUGCUCAUGCCAUGGCCGAUAGAACUUUCAUGAGCGUCGAGGAAGACUGGCAAUCCGUGACGGGCACUAACUUUGUCAACAAGAACAUCUUGUCUGAGCUCUACUCUAAGGCUCAGGACGCCAGAUCCCCUACUGAUGGCCCUGUCAGUCAGUUUGUUACACCCGGCUACCAGGGUUUGAUGAAUCACCUUCGCUUGCUUACUGCCUACUUCGCAUCUGCUACCUCUGCUGCCGUUGUUGGCUCUGUCGGUGCUGUGGCAGAUCUGCUCACCAGAUUGAUGUCCAAUACCAUCUCCACCAGUUCCACCAGAAGCACUAUUCGCUUCAAGCGCGAUGCUACAAGAGAAGAGCGUGAUGCGUUGACUGAGGUUCUUCCUGAGAUUCACGUUGCAUGCUUGGAGGUCCUCUCCAUCAUCUUGGACCGCUACGGCAAAGCUCUCACGCCCGCCUUGCAACCUUUCCUCGACCAGAUCAUGUGGAUUUUCCAUGCCUCUUCUGCAAAUGUUGAGAUCAGAACUGCAGCUUAUGUCGUUGGCAAGAAGAUCUUGGACCUUUCGGGCCAAACGCUAAACAAGGAAGCCAUCAGUGCCUUGAAGAAGUACAUCAAUACAUGCUGCGAAGAUGUGCUACCGACCAACGAGGAAAAGGAUUCUCAGAACAGCAACGGCAACAAGCAACAGUCCACCAUGAACGCGGACACCUUCCUCAAACAAGGCACCGCCAAGCCGUCAGCAAAGACAGAGCUUGUAGGUCUCAAGUCUGCAGCAUGGGAUCUGCUUCCCACUCUUCUUGGCCAGCUUCCUGCGGAACAUUGUUCUAUCGCCCUGCGCGCAACCAUGGACCGUACUGCCGUCCUCGCCCGUCACAAGGAUGCCGUCAUGGCAAGCACACUCAAUCAUACAUCCACAGCCAAAGCUGCACGCAAAGGCAACAGCCUACUUCCUCUCCUCGCUCGCGAAUACCCUACCGACCCUUCAGUGGAAGCUCUUCUCAGACCCAGAAUGCCUAUCCUGCAAACCGGCCGCAAAGCCACUGCUGCCGAGACCGAAGCUGAAGCCAUGGAUGAAGAUGAAGACUCGGCUUCAGACGACGAAGAAGAUCAAGCCGCAACAGAAGACAUUCCGGAAGUUGUAGAAAGCGUGUCACAUGCCGCUGGGUCAUCGAUAGAUACCUCAAGCAACAAAGACCUCGCCCACAAAGAACAAGAACUCGUCAACUGGGCACUGAACGAAUACGUCCAAGAGGGAUUGGGCCGGCAACCCACUGAUGAAGCCUCUGGUCAAGCUACGAAAGGAAGUACUAGUGAAGCUAUUGGUGCCGCUAUCGAAGCAGCACAUGAAGCGAAUAGAACCAAGAGGCAGCGUGAAGACGAGCCUGAGGCAGUGGCAGACAAGAGGCAAAAGUCCAUCGAGCCCCAAGCAACUGCCGAAGACAGCGACGACGAUGAGUUCGUGGUUCCGGAGAUUGUCAUGGGUGACAGUGAUGAUGAGGAUGAAUAG